AUGAAUAAGUUUUUGAAUAUUAUAUUUUAUAUUUUUCUAAUAUUAAAUUUGUCUUUAUUUCAAAGCAAUACUAUAAGUAAGAAAAUUAAAAAAGAGAAACAAAAGAAUGUAAGAAAUGGUUCUUCAAUAAAUGACAAAAAUAUAGAAAAUAAAAAUGAUAAUAUUAAAACUCAAUUGCAAACUUCAGAUAGUAUAGAAAAACAGAAUGACAUUUUAAAUAUGUAUAAUAAUGAAGGAGAGAAAAAUAGUAAUAAUUUAUUAAAAACAAAUGUGACAAAAAAUACUAUAAUUGAUAAUUCAGAUGAUGUUCAAGAAAGUGCAGAUAAUAAUUUAUACAAUAAUAGUAUAUCUGUUGAUACUGAGAAUAAAUCAAAACAUACACAAGCUACAACUGAUAAUUACAUAAAUGAACGAUAUCAAUUAGAAGACGAAAAAUUGAAAUAUGGAGGAUUGUUUGGCUCGUUUACUUCAGGAAUUGUUAAUUUUCUAAAAUCAUCUAGUUCUAAUAAAAAGGAAAAAUCUGAAGGAACAGUUGUAUCACCUUCUAUUGGGUCUAGUGCUGAUAGAUCAGAACCUUCAAUUACAUCCCCGCCUGGAAAUGUACCUCAAGAUGCAGAACAAGGAAGACCUUCUAGACCUCAAGCACCAAUAGAAAACAAUAGAAAUGAAAACAAUCAAAACGGAGAUCCACUUAACCGUUUUUUUGCAUGGGAAUUUGGAGGUGGUGCUCCAACUUAUAAACCAAAUGACAAUAAGAAAGAUAAGGCUUUCCUAGAACAUAUAAAAAUUACCUCAUGGGAAAAAGAAGAUAUAAUUAAAGAAAAUGAAGACACAAAGCAUGAAAUUCAAGAAAAUGAAGCAAUAGAAGAUAAUUUCGAUAUGGAAGAAGAGAACGAAAUUGUUGAUGAUCAAUUACAAGAAAACGAAGAUGAUGAGGAUGAUGUAAAUUUAGAAGAUAUUGAAAAAAAUACUAGAAAUGAUAUAUUCGAAGAACAAAUGAAAUUAGAUUCUGCACAAGAUGAAAAAGCUCAUAGAUUAAUUUAUGAAGAAUAUAAAAAAAAAGCCGAAGGAAAAAAUUCAUUAGAAGAUCAUGUAAAUAUAUUAGUUAAUUUAUUACAAACUAAUAACCAAUUAGAUCCAUCACUAAAAGAUUUAGCAAAAGAGUUAAUUGUUUUUUUAAAUAAUUAUUGA